AGAGCUGGAGCGGGGUUGUGCGCGGUCCCGGGCUGUUCCGGCGAGCAGUCUCCCGGGCGGCAGGGCCCCGGCGGGGAGAGAGCCGUCCGGGCCCGGGCCGGGGCUGAGGCUGGGCUGCCCGCUGACGAGCAGCGGCGCGGAGCGAGACCUGGUGACGAUGGCGGGGCCGCUGGCGCUGCAGCUGGAGCAGUUGUUGAACCCGCGCCCGCGUGAGGCGGAUCCCGAGGCCGACCCGGAGGAGGCCACUGCUGCCAGAGUGAUUGACAGGUUUGAUGAAGGGGAAGAUGGGGAAGGUGAUUUCCUGGCUGUGGGUAGCAUCAGAAAACUGGCAUCAGCCUCCCUCUUGGACACAGACAAAAGGUAUUCUGGCAAGGCUACCUCUAGAAAAGCUUGGAAGGAGGACCACUGGGAGCAGACCCUGCCAGGUUCAUCUGACAAGGAGGUAUCUGAUGAGGAAGAGUCUGGAGAUGGAGAUUCAGAGGGGCUGGGUCUGGAGGGAUCUGAUGAGGAUGCCAUGAGUGCUGCUGAGGAAGAGGAGUAUGAUAAUGACAGGGACAGCAGUUUGGCCUGGAAGAAGAGGAGCCGAAGCCGCCCUGAGAAAACACCAGGUUUUAGUGUCCAGAGCAUCAGUGACUUUGAAAGAUUCACGGAAGGAAUGGAUGACCUCGGUAGCAGUGAGGAGGAGGAAGAUGGAGAGGAGGAGAGUGGCCUGGAAGAAGGGGAUGGAGAUGAAGACUCCGCGGGUGAGAGUGAUGAAGACAGGGCUGCAGACAAAAAUAGUGAAGAUGAUGGUGUAGUGAUGACCUUCUCCGGUGUCAGAGUUUCCGAGGAAGUGGAGAAAGGAAGAGCUGUGAAGAACCAGAUAGCACUGUGGGACCAGCUCUUGGAAGGAAGGAUCAAGCUACAAAAAGCUCUGUUGACUACCAAUCAACUUCCUCAACCAGAUGUUUUCCCUAUUUUCAAGGACAAAGGGGGCCUGGAAUUUGCCAGCGCCCUAAAAAAUAGUCACAAGGCUCUGAAAUCAUUGUUGAGGUCAUUGGCAGAUCUUCAGGAAGAGUUACUUUUCCAGUACCCAGAUACUAGAUACUUAGUAGAUGGGACAAAGCCCAAAGCAAAAAGUGAGGAGGAAAUUUCCAGUGAAGAUGAAGAGCUAGUAGGAGAGAAGAAGCAGCAGAGAAGGGCCCCACCAAAGAGGAAGCUGGAAAUGGAGGACUAUCCUAGCUUCAUGGCAAAGCGUUUUGCUGAUUUUACAGUCUACAGGAACCGUAUACUUCAGAAGUGGCAUGAUAGAACCAAGCUGGCCUCUGGAAAACUGGGAAAGGGUUUUGGUGCCUUUGAACGCUCAAUCUUGACUCAGAUCGAUCAUAUUCUGAUGGACAAAGAAAGAUUACUUCGAAGGACGCAGACCAAGCGCUCUGUCUACCGAGUUCUUGGCAAACCUGAACCAGCAAUGCAGCCUCUCCCGGAGAGUUUGCCAGGACAACCGGAAAUGCUUCCUCAGGCCCCUGCCAAUGCCCACCUGAAGGACUUGGAUGGUGAAAUCUUUGAUGAUGAUGACUUUUAUCACCAGCUUCUUCGAGAACUCAUAGAACGGAAGACCAGCUCCUUGGAUCCCAAUGAUCAGGUGGCCAUGGGAAGGCAGUGGCUUGCGAUCCAGAAGUUACGAAGCAAAAUCCACAAGAAAGUAGAUAGGAAAGCCAGCAAAGGAAGGAAACUUCGGUUUCAUGUCCUUAGCAAGCUACUGAGCUUCAUGGCACCUAUUGACCAUACUACAAUGAAUGAUGAUGCCAGCUGCAGGGCUAAAAGCAUCGGCAGAGGUUUGAAGGACCUAGUUCUGACCCGACCAAAAGAGCGACUUGGAACAGACCUUCUAGAGUCUCCUUCAAGCACGGGGAGGAUGGCGAUGAGAACAGACACACUAGGACAGAGUUGUAUCGAUCUCUUUUUGGGCAGCUCCACCCUCCUGAUCAAGGCCCAAGGGACUGACCGCGCCUGCUGCUCUGGCUACAGGCUUGAGGCGGGGCCUCCGGACACACGGAUACACGUAGACACAUGGACACGCCACAUGGCCCCUUGCCCAGCCCCAAAUGUAGGAAGGUGUCAGCCCACAGCGUUGGACUAGUUGGGAAGUCCUAGAAAGGUGUGGGGUUCAGAGUAUGUGCCUAAUACAUCCCAGGAAGCCUGGAAACAAGUGUGCAUGUCCACCAUGCUGCAGCCUGCCAGGGACCCGCACCCCAUGUUCAUUCACUGUCCCAAAUAAAGGGUGUUGUUGGUACAGCCA